GACCGUUCAAGGUCGCUGGGACGAAACAGCGGGUGUCUUUGAAAUGGUCCUUGGCAUUUUCUAACCUCUCCAUGUAACAGUAUGUGGUUAUCUGCUAAUUAGAUAUUGUUUAUGCUUCAGCAUCCAGCGUAAUGCCUGUUUUAUUUUGUCCCCUCUGUCACUCUUUAUUGAUGAUCGAAGAGUCGGCUCAUUGCUAUUCGUUGAACUGUUCUGCUCCCAUAUGUUCUUACAGGUGGUUUGUCACUCAGCCACUAGUUUUAGAACAUAAGCCAAGACAGGAUGUUCGUUUACGUUUAGAGGAAGACGCCGUUUUCUCGGUUGAAGAUGAAUAUAGUUCUUCUGCUCAGACAGAUGAAAAGUGUCCUAAGUGCGGUUUUACGCGAGCGUAUUUCGUCCAAAUGCAGACACGUUCAGCUGACGAACCCAGUACAACCAAGUAUUCUUGUAUGAAAUGUCACCAUAUCUGGACUGAACAAUAAAAAGUAUUGUAAUUGUACAGAAAUGUGCCUAUUCAGAUUAAUUUGUGUAUUUUAUAAAAUAAUUUGAUACUGAUUGA